GGAGAGAGACAACAAAAAGUUGCAGCCCUAACUUGUGAAAGAAGAAUGAAUUUUAAACUUCGGCGUUAUUGGGCCUCCGCUCAUUAUUAUUUCAAGGCCCAAUAACUGAAUCUCCUCCUCUCGUCUUCUUCUCUCUCCCGCAAGAGAGAAAGAGAGAGAGAUCUCUCGCUGCUCUUCCUCCCACAGAUCGAAACCAUGAAUCCUGAGUACGACUAUCUUUUCAAGCUCCUGCUUAUCGGGGAUUCUGGCGUAGGCAAGUCUUGUCUUCUUUUGAGAUUUUCUGAUGAUUCUUAUGUAGAAAGUUACAUUAGCACUAUUGGAGUCGAUUUUAAAAUUAGGACUGUGGAGCAAGAUGGGAAAACGAUUAAGCUCCAAAUUUGGGACACUGCUGGUCAAGAACGGUUCAGGACUAUUACUAGCAGUUACUACCGUGGGGCACAUGGAAUUAUUAUUGUCUACGAUGUCACAGAUCAAGAAAGCUUCAAUAAUGUCAAGCAAUGGUUGAGUGAAAUUGAUCGUUAUGCUAGUGACAACGUGAACAAACUCCUGGUCGGAAACAAGUCUGAUCUUACUGAAAACAGAGCCGUUCCUUAUGAAACGGCCAAGGCUUUUGCCGAUGAAAUUGGGAUUCCUUUUAUGGAGACUAGUGCAAAAGAUGCUACAAACGUAGAACAGGCUUUCAUGGCAAUGUCUGCAUCCAUCAAAGAGAGAAUGGCAAGCCAACCAGCUGGGAAUAAUGCAAGACCGCCGACAGUGCAGAUCAGAGGACAGCCUAUGGCACAGAAGAACGGCUGCUGCUCAACUUGAUUGAAUUGACCAGCCUAGCAAUAUCCUUUCCAAUCUUAGAACAAGUGUUCCUUCUUUUGACUAGGCUCCAAUUCACUUGU